ACAAGACUGGGUAAACAAUUGCAAUACCAGGUGGAUUAAUCCCGCUUUCAGAAAUGAAUAGUUUGCAAGAGUCCAUGAAUUGUAAAGGUCAGUUUGUUCUUCUACUCAUCUUCACUACUUUUAUAUUUGUUACGUUUUCGUCCAAUGAGUUGCAAUACCAGAAUCAAAUUGAUGCAGAAGCUCUGAUUGAACUAAAAAUGUCCGUAAAAAUGGAUCCAACUCGUUCUCUGUCCAACUGGGUAAAUGGAAAUAAUAUUUGUAACUGGACUGGAAUAAGUUGCGAUCGCAAUCAAAGAGUUGUGAGUGUGAUUCUCAAAUACAGGGGAUUGGCUGCUACCAUACCCCCUCACAUAGGCAACCUAUCCUUCCUUACAAUGCUCGACCUCUCCCAUAAUUAUUUCUCUGCUCACAUUCCCCAAGAGCUUGGUAAAUUACAAAAGCUGCAAUACAUUAAACUCUAUGAAAACAACUUGCAGGGUUCAAUUCCAGUUAGUCUGUGUGUAAGUGCACAAAUCUUUUAGAACUCCGAUUAAACAGUAAUUUGUUGAGUGGAAUCAUUCCACCAGAGCUGAGUUCCUUGCAUAACUUGAAGAAACUCAACAUCUCUACCAAUAAAUUGAGUGGUAUCAUCCCUCAAGGCUUGGCAAAUUGCACUGCGCUUAAAAGACUAAAUCUUGGGCAUAACCUUUUGGUAGGCACUAUCCCCAGGUCUAUCAGUAACUGCACAAAAUUGCGUGUCUUAUCUUUGUACGAGAAUGUGCUUGAAGGACCAAUUCCAUCUGAGAUAUUCACAACAUUGACCAGAUUACAAUAUCUGCGUCUGGAUUCCAACAAACUGAACGGUAGCAUCUCCAAGGAGAUUGGCAAAUUAUGGAGACUGAGGAUGAUUGACUUUUCUAACAAUAGUCUUACAGGUAGCAUUCCCAUUUCCCUGGCGAACUGUUCAUCUCUGGAGAUUCUGAAUUUAGCUUCUAAUUCCUUGUAUGACACCGUUCCAGCAGAAUUGGGCUCACUUACCCGAGUGCAGGAACUGUGGUUCACUAAUAAUAGCCUCGGAGGAUCAAUUUAUUUUUUCUUGAACUAUACUGAAUUGGAGCUAUUGGCGCUAGGGACCAACAAGUUUGAAGGUACAAUUCCGGAGGUUAUAGGAUAUAAGCUACCCAAAUUGCAACAGAUGGAACUGCUGGACAAUCAGUUAAGUGGCAACAUCCCAAAAUCUCUAGGAAAUUGUUCCGCGCUCGAUUUUCUUACAAUAAAUUAUAACAAGUUGAGCGGAGCAAUACCCCGAGAAUUGGCGAUGCUGACUGGUCUACAAACACUUGAUCUUGGUGAUAACAAGUUGAGAGGAGCAAUACCCCGAGAAUUGUUAAACUUUACACAAUUGCAGUGGCUUGGCCUGGCAAACAACAGGUUUGUGGGCUCCAUUCCUGCAGAUAUUGGCCUGAAGCUUCCCAACUUACAAAUCUUUGCUGCUGGAGGUAAUCAAUUUCGUGGGGGUAUCCCAAAGUCUCUAGGAAAUUGUUCUCAGCUCUCAAUUCUUGAUCUCCCAUUGAAUCAACUAAGUGGUGCGGUGCCUCAAGAAUUGGGAAUGCUUACUGCUUUGCAGAUACUGAACCUCGGAUCUAAUAGCCUGUCAAAUGGACACUGUGCUACAAUGUGUGUAUUAGACGUAUUUUCUAACUGCUCCAUUCUGGAAGAGUUGGAAUUACAAGAAAACAAUUUCAGUGGCAAUUUGUCAAGUGGCAUAGGAAACCUCUCUCCCAGGCUAUCAACAUUGUACUUGGCUGUCAACAACAUCACUGGCAGCAUACCAGAAGAGAUUAGUAACCUUACAGAAUUGACCAAUUUCGAUCUCAGUUAUAACAAUAUAAUUGGGCAGGUUCCGAAUUCAUUGGGCCUUCUAAAGAAUCUACAAAUGUUGGGUUUGAGCUCCAAUAAAUUGCAAGGCACCAUUCCAUUAGGGUUUAGCAUGCUGGUAAACCUAGAAUAUCUAUGGUUUGGGCUAAAUCAUAUUUCAGGGGAAAUUCCUUCAUCUUUGGGCAGCCUGCAACAGCUGAGGGAACUUUACUUGAGUCAGAACGAGCUCACCGGAAGGAUACCGAAUGCCAUUGGGCAAUGUUUCCGCCUGGAGAAGAUUGACCUCUCAUACAACAGCCUUACAGGAAGUAUCCCUAUGGAGAUCUCAAGCCUCCAUUCGUUGGUGUUUUAUCUCAAUUUUUCACACAAUUCAUUGACAGGGAAAUUGCCUUCGCUGGGAGGAAUGCAACAGAUUCAAGCCAUAGAUAUCUCAGCCAAUAAACUGACAGGACCUAUCCCUGGAGAUAUUGGCAGUUGUUCGGGAUUGCAAUACCUGAACCUUUCCAAAAACAAAAUGGAGGGAAUGGUGCCAAUAACAAUAGGGCAGCUUAAGAGCCUUGAAAGCAUUGACAUAUCUUUCAAUGAGUUGUCUGGGCCAGUGCCACCUUCUAUUGCAAACCUCACCAUGCUCCGGCAUUUAAAUUUCUCAUACAACAACUUGAAUGGAUCAGUCCCAGAUCAAGGAGCUUUUAGAAACCUGAGCGCAACAUCAUUUUUGGCGAAUCCAGGAUUAUGUGCAGCCUCGGGCUGGUUGAAUUUACGAAAUUGCACAAGCUCAGCCCAAAAACAUGAUGCAUUGAGCAGAAACAUUAUCUUGGGUGCUUCAAUUGGCACUGUCUUCACAUUGUGUUGCAUUUUGGGUGCAUUUUACAUUUUCUACAGAAGACUUAAAAGGGCACCACUUACAGAUAUUUUGUUGGGGCAAGGUUUCUUGCAAAUUUCUAGCCAGGAACUUCACACAGCAACCCGAGGAUUUAGUGCCGCUAAUUUACUCGGCAAUGGUAGCUUCGGGUCAGUCUACAAAGGGCUCUUGUCUGAUAAUAAAUUGGUGGCUAUUAAGUUAUUCGAUCACGACCCUCAAAAUUCAUACAAGCAUUUCAUCAGGGAAUGCAGAGUACUGAGAAAAAUCAGGCACCGCAAUCUUGUGAAAGUCUUGUCCUCUUCCUCUGCUGGAGAUUUCAGAGCUCUAGUACUGGAGUUUAUGUCACAGGGGAGUCUAGAACAACACCUCCACCGAGAUGAAACACAAAGUAGCUUGAGUUUGAAGAUGAGAGUGAACAUUGCACUUGACGUGGCACACGGGAUGGCAUAUUUACACCACGAUUGUUCUCCUCCUAUUGUUCACUGUGACUUGAAACCCUCCAAUGUUUUAAUGGACGAAACCAUGACAGCCCAUGUAGCUGAUUUUGGAAUUUCUCGUCUAUUGACAUCCCAUGUUUCUGCAAGUAGUAGCACAUCCAGACUGAAGGGAACAGUAGGCUACCUUGCUCCAGAAUAUGGAUUGGGAGGAGAAGUGAGUACCAAGGGAGAUGUUUACAGCUUCGGGAUGCUCAUGCUUGAAAUGGUGACUAGAAAGAGGCCUACAGACGAUAUGUUCUCUGGAGACCACACUUUGCCCAGAUGGGUGAGAAGUGCAUUCCCUGAGGCAUUGGAGGAAGUGGUGGACAGAGAGCUACUGGUUGAUCGACAAACUGUAGGCGAGUCCAGUAGUGCCACACCUAAAACAACCGGCGAAGAAUUGGAAUCCUCUCAGCAUGGCAGUUGCCUGGUUAGUCUUAUUGGAUUAGGACUCCAAUGCACAAGGGAAAAUCCAGCGGACAGACCAACCAUGAGAGAGGUGGAGGUUAUGCUCGAAAAUAUGGUUUAUGGCAGGACAUAUGGUAACUUAAAAGAACAUUCAUCCAUCCAGAAUCUGUUAAGCGUAGGCUAUAGAGCAGGCCAUCCAAAUGGCAGCACAGAUGAAAGUGACAGCAGUUAAGCAUAGUGAAUUUCUUUUAUAAAUGGAACUCUGCAUUCAAAACUACAAAUCCAGUAAAGAGAGUAGUUAAGCGUAGGUGAUAGUUUUAAGAUCAAUUUUUUUUUGGUUGCUUAAAUUCUCAGAGUACAAACAAAUAUUCGUAUAUAAAUGGAACUCUGCAUUCAAAAUUACAA